AUGGAUCCUCCCACGUUACUUCUGGCGCUGGCUGGCCGAUUUUCAUCCGAGAAAAUGGUUUGUCUCCCUGACGUUCAUGAAGAGUCCCAUCUCAGCUUUGCUAGUGAAGCACAAGUGACGUUGAUAAGGGCCCCAACAAUCAUAUUGGGCACCAACUUGAGAUGCCGAUUUGAUGGGCAGACAAGUGCCUCGUGGCGACCACUUCAGCAACCGAAUAAAACAGCACGCUCCUGCGCCCAGAUAACUCAUGACCCAAGGGAGGUAGAGGGGCAAGGUUUAUUUUCCAAGUUCAUGCGGCCUGCUGGCCCGCACAUUUCAAAAACGAAUGGGGCCCGUCCCGCCCGUGAUUACUCGACCAGACAACCAUAUAGAUUUGUGUGA